CGGCGGCGGCGGCGGCGGCGGGAAGAGCCAGACGAGGCAUUUAGUGAGAGCGCGGGAGCGAUGGAAGCCGAAUAGCAUCAGGACACCCUUCUUCUUUCACUGCAAAAGUUGGAUCAUUCCGCAAACUGGAUAUAAUUAGCGAACAGGAGUUUGACUUUUUGAAAUUACUGAUCUCUAACCUUUAUCCAAAGGCGGCAUGCUGUGAUGGGGCUCUUCUGCGUGUAGCUUGCCUGCCAUGCACCCCACAGGGAGUGUAGAUACCAGCUUUUCCCGUACGGCUGUGCAAACAUUGUCCCGUAGCCACUGCCGGAACAUAAAACAAAAGAUUUCUCAGUGGGAGGGUCGGACAAAAGGGGGCUGCCAGGAAGAAAGGCAGAAACUGAAGGAUUUUGGGGUCAAAUAUGGCCUCAACAGCAAGGAAAAGGCAUCGGGACCUGCACAUGACAGGAGUAUAGAAGGGCUAGCACAUGUUCAGCAUUUAGGUUUAGAUUUCUGGGAGAACUCUAAUCUCGGCUCUGUGACUGAGGAGGAGGAGGAGGAGGAGGAGGAGGAGGACCACCACAUCCAAGAGGUUUCCAGGAACCGUGUAGUGGGGGAGCUUUCCAGUGACAUUUUUUCCAAAGCGGAGGAUGCUCUAGAGUGGCCACGGGAGAAGCUGCCCCCUGGGAAUUUCUACACCUCACGGGACCUGUGGAAACAGAUAGAAACCCUUCCUUCUGAUCACGUAGCAUCUGCCGCACUGGACUUAAAAAGGAAACGGGAAAGCUGUGGCUCGACAGAGAAGGAGCUGAAUAUAGCUCCAGCAAAGAGCCUAGAGAACAUAUAUUGUGAUGUGGAAGGCCAGGAAAGGCAGCCAGCCAUCAACCCAGUGCCCAAACCACGGAGGACUUUCCGUUACCAUUCUGAGAAGGCAGACUUUGCUAAUGGAGACCACAGUGAUAAGAAGCCAUCGGAACCUCAGUGUAAUGGGAGCUAUCCUGCCACUGCCUCCCAAGAGUCUGAGCGCAGAGCAGCCAGCAGAGGAAUCCGAGGCAGGUCUAAGAGAAAGUCCUUUGAAUUUGAGGAUAUCCAAGGUUAUCGAAACCGACUAGCAGCCAUGGAGUACAAGAAGCUUCAUGAAGAACUAAAUGGCACCACAAGUGUUUGUCUCUAUUGCACGCAGUCAGAGGACAACCUUUAUGAGGAUAUUAUUGAUCCUGCAAAAGAGAAUCCCUAUGAGGACAUUAAAGUGAAGCCUUUGUGGAGGAUCCCAUCUACCUGGAAGUUGCCUCCCCCCCGAAAUACCUUCAAGCCACCCAAGCUUCCCCAUAAGCCACACUUCUUUCACCGUAAGACCUUGGAGUUAAAGAACACACGGAUCUGCUUGCGUGGGAAGUUGGCGAAAGAUGCAACACUACCUGUUACGUUGACCGAGUGGAAGUUCUUCAAAGCAGGAGAGGCUGGAAGCAGGAAGAGGAAAAAUCUUCCCCGGCUUGUAUUGAAGAUACAAGAGAUCUUUGAUUCCAGACGAGGAAAGAAACGUGUGAAGUUGGUGGUGCAGACUGGAAAAGAACUUUCUCCAGCCAGAGGUGAAACCAGUGGAUAUGACAGUGAACCAGAGAAUCUGCCAAAAAGUCGCCAUAAGCGCCUUCUGCAGGUCCAGGCUCAGUCCAAACGGAACCCACACUACCAGACAUUGGAGCGCGACCUCAUUGAGUUCCAGGAGCAGCAGCUCUUUGAGCUGUUUGUGGUAGUAUCUCUGCAGAAGAAGCCGUCCGAGGCAACAUACACCCCACAGGUUAUACAACAGUUUCCAUGUAAGCCUGAUCAUCCUUUUCGUCAGUCUAAGGACACUGAAGACAGACUGAAAGUCAUCCCCAAAUUCUGUUUCCCUGAUCCCAAAGACUGGUGUCCAACAUCAGAGACAAAGAGUGAAACUUUUUCCUUUGUGCUAACUGGUGAGGAUGGCAGCCGCUGGUUUGGGUAUUGCAAAAGGCUCUUGCCAGAAGGGAAAGGAAAGCGGCUACCUGAGGUCUACUGCAUGGUUAGCCGCCUAGGCUGCUUCAACCUUUUCUCUAAGAUAUUAGAUGAAGUGGAGAAGAGGCGUGAGAUGUCCCCAGCCCUAGUGCAUCCAUUCAUGCGCAGUGUCAUGGAGGCACCAUUCCCUGCUCCUGGGCGCACCAUCACUGUGAAGAGCUUCCUGCCAGGAGCUGGAAAUGAGGUGAUUGAGCUUUGCCGCCCACUGGACUCCCGAUUAGAACAUGUAGAUUUUGAAUGUCUCUUAAAGUGCCUCAGUGUCUCUCAUUUGAUCCAAGUCUGUGCUUCUCUUCUGCUAGAAAGGAGGGUGAUCUUUGUUGCUGACAAUCUAAGCACCUUGUCCAAAUGUGGCCAUGCUGUGGUUGCAACCCUCUACCCAUUUACCUGGCAACACACCUAUAUCCCUGUCCUGCCAGCCUCCAUGAUAGACAUUGUCUGUUCACCCACUCCUUUUCUUAUUGGCAUCCUCUCCUGCUCCUUAACACAUCUCCAGGACCUGCCUAUAGAAGAGGUACUGAUCGUUGAUCUCUGUGCUGAUAAGUUUCUGCAAAAGGUUUCAGAUGAGGAUGAAAUUCUACCUCAUAAGCUUCAGGCUGCACUUGUACAGAUCUUAGAAGAAAGGAAUGAAAUCUUGUCUCAGGAACGGUGCUACACACAAGGUGAUGUGACGCUGGACUCUCUAGUAUCGGAGGCUUUUGUGCGCUUCUUUGUGGAAGUUGUGGGGCACUAUUCCUUGCACAUGCAUGUCACUGAGAAAGGAGAGAGAGUAUUCCAGCGGGAGCCCUUUCGGAAGUCCCAUACGUCCCGCAGUGUGCGUCAUUUCCUAGAUAUCUUCAUGGAGACACAGAUGUUUGCUGGUUUCAUCCAGGACCGAGAGCUACGGAAGAGUGGGGUCAAAGGCUUGUUUGAAGUUCGUGCCUUGGAAUACUUGGAGACCAUUCCAGAGUCUGAGCCAAGUGGGAUGAACAAAAUCCUUCGCAGUCUGGGUAAUAAAAUGAAGUUUCUACAAAAGAAGUGAGAAGCCAAAUGCAGAAUUGCUGCUAAGCUUGAUUUUAAGAUCCUGGCAAGCCAUAAUGAGGUGGCUGUGUUGCUGUGGUAUCCUACUGAUUUUUCAGGUUCCACUUAAAGGAACUUCAGAUGCCUGGAAAAAUGAGCACCAAACCUGAGCAGCAUCCUUGAUCUCUGUUCUGCUUGGUCUGGCUGAAGUAUUACUGAGCAAAAAAUGAACUUCUGCUUAUGGAGUUGGUCUAUUAAGCACAAAUAACAGAAGAAACUAUAUUCUUAUUUAUACUGGAUGGCCAGAAAAGAUUCUUCCUUUAUCCUCGUGUUAUUAAAAAAUAUGCUCAAAGCAAUCCCAAGGAUUAAGCUGGUACCUUUUAAAAAGAGGAAUGAACCAGGAAAGAAACCAGGAAUCCAGCAAAGUGGUCUAUGCCAAUAUUUCCCCAGACAGAUCCUUUGCACAAGAAAGUUUCUCCUAAGGCUGGUGGGAGCUUAUAAUCUCUCCUUGUCUAUAACACCAUCCCAUCAGAUAUUCUGUUGGCUUGAUUAUUCAUUGUUGUUAACUAUUGUUUGGACAUAUUACUGCAGUGUAAAGCCUUUUAUUUUCUCAAUAUCAAAAGCAAAACAAGAAAUCUGUUUGUUUGCUAUGUUAGUCUUAACUGUUGUGAAUGUACACACUGUCUAGUUACAAGUCCAUCUCAUAUAUGGCAGAGGAUAUACCUCACACUAAAGUACUGUUUGCUUUGCCAGGAAAAGGCUGUUUUUUCACAAAUGGAGCAUGAACAUUUUUCAAAGUAAAGAUGUUGACACUGAAAUAGACUGAUUUAGUUUGCUACAGAACUGUUGUGAAGGGACAGAUGAUAACUUUCAUACAACUGCAUUUUGCAAUGAAAACUGGAAUAACAAGUGAUUCUUCCCCUGAAGCAUCAUUCUGCCCUUUUCCCACAGCUGAAUAUCAUCAACAAUAGUUUUCCUCAUCUAAAGUUAAGUCUGUUAACUGCUUUCAAUAAAUACUGAAUUCUCUCAUUAGCCACUACUGGAAGGUGCCUAGCAUUUGAAAUAAUAUAUUUAGGGUUUAUAACCUAAAUAUUGGAUUCACAUAACACAAUCAAAUAUGACAGAAAGCCUAGGUUCAUACAUUGAGCUAAGCCAUAAUACAGUUUGUGUUGUGUGAAUCCAGCUACUCUGGUUUUCAGACGAUGGUUAUUGGCUUGUAAUGGAUAUACUCAGUCAAAUGUGAUUUAUUCAAUAAAUAAUGGUUAAAUCAUGGUUUACUAUGAUGCAGACUUACAUCAAUCUCAUGAUUUGUUAUAUUCACCUCUGCAGAUCUCUUGUGCAGUAUAUAGCUAAUGGCUCCUCUUCAGUAAAAUGUUGCCAUAUGUUUACACUAGCAAAAGGUUUUGGACUUUGUUAUGUUGCCUCAGAGUGAGCAAAAAUGUUCUAAGUGAAAGUCGAUUUUUCUGACUCUUUGAAGUGCAGAAUGCUGAAGAACUGGGCUGGUUUCUCUGCUGUGUGGUUAAAUUGACCUUUGGAUGAAACAAGUUUGUGGCUUGCCUGUAUCCAAAAAAUGCUGCUUUUAAUGUAGAACAGUUUCUGAAUCUUUGUUCCCUUGCAGCAUGUGAGGUAGAUCUGUCCAAGAAAAAGGAAGAUAAGUAAAUACAUAGGAAUAUAAUAUCAAAAAACUGGUGAAAUUUUGUCAUGAAUCCAAGCUUCUACUCAGAGUAUGAAUGUUGCAUUUAUCUUUGAAGCAGAAAUAAUUGGCAAAAGUUUGACUUGUUGAUUCUCCAAUAGGAGUCAGACCUGUAUUGAAAGGCCUAGGGAAUGUGCUUUUUAUUGUCAUUUGGCCAAAAUUAACAGCCCACCCAACGUAUGUAAAUUCAGAAGAACACUUUUUGGAAUCUGGUGAGAUUUACUCCCAGGUUAGUAUGCAUGGGAUUCAGAAUGAGGGCUGUUCUGCACUGUAGCUUUCAGCUGCUUGUCUCCCAUAAAAACAGCCUGAAAACAAAGCUGGCUUAAGAAAUCUGUUUCUGGAUUUCAAUCUGUUCCUCCAUUUUGGUCUCAGUGGUGGUCAGAUAUUCUAUUUGGACUGUGAUUAACAUGGUCCAUGAUUGAUAAUUCCUCUUCUGCUUUUCCCUUCCACCUAUGCCAUGAAAACCGGUGCUAGUUGCUUUCCAUUCUGUUUUGAGGAAUGGGGAAAAAACAACAGAUUGCAGUUCUUGUCACUUGAUCUAAAAAGGGAAAGUUGGCAGAACUCUCAUCAGUUGCACCCAGUUAAAGCAAAAGAAAACCAAGAAAUGCCCAGAAUUUCACCAUCCUAUGGCUGAACAUGCAUCCCCACAGUUCCUGUCUCUUGGGCUAGAAGGGGAAACUGCUGAACCUGUUAAAAUAAAGAAAUAGAAAGAAAUGGUCAGCAUUUACUAUUGCACUACUGAACUGCUGUAUAAAAGAUCAAGAUCCAUCCUUUCAUGGCAUGCACUUCAGUAUAAAAUGGCCUCUAAGUCAAACCAGACUGCCCUGCUUGUGCCAGAGGAGACGGGAAAACACUACUUUUGUCAUGGAUCCAGAAAACUGAGAUGGUGGUUGCUGAGGAUGAAGUGUCCCAUUCCUGCACCACCAAAACUGUAGGCUGCUCAUCUUUGAACUGGGCAAGGAAGAAGUGUGGAUCAGCCCCUAGAUGGGAUCAGCCUUCCUCCUCCAGAUAUGUUGGCAUUCAUCUCCCAGAUUUCAGUCACCAUGAUCAGUUUUGCAGUCCAAAAUAUCUGGAGGGCACCAGUUGGGGAAAGCUAUACUGGAGAAUAUCAGAAGCACAAUACAUGUAUUUCUGAAUGAGAUGACAGUGACACAAGCAAGUCCCAAACACCACAUAAUCUGAUUUGGUUGCUUUGCAGGUUUCAGAAUCUGGCUUACCACUGCAGUUGUUCUGAAUAUGAUGCUCCCUCCCUGUUUCUUGAAUAGCAGCAGAGAAGCCUUGAGCUUCUCUGAGCCAUGCCCACUUUUGAGAAAUGAUUGGGUUAAUCUAGCCCCAGGCAUGUUCCUUGAGACUUUGGGUACUUCUCAGUGGUCAUCCUUCCUUGUCAUGUCUGUGUGGCUGUUUGUUUUGCUCAUUCUUUAUAAAGCCUUAAUUUAUGAUGUACAGAUGAAACCAAAACUGUAUGUACAGUGAUCAAACGAUAAGAAAUCAAAAUCUUUUGGGAACUGGUUUGAAUAAAGUGUACUAUUUUUUGUGUUUUGAUGAA